AAUGUUGAUUAUCUUAAUAUGGUAUUAAAGUCACCGUCUCCAUAAUUGUGUUUUCCGAUAUUAGGAUUUUGUUCAUGUUCUGGAUGCUCAAUCUUGUCGUGCUAGGUCGUGAAUUGAUGUCCCAUAUUGGUUGAGGGAAAAUGUGUUUAUUGUCUCCUUUAUGGUUUUAGUCAAUUUUCAUGAUUUAGUUGUUGAGGUUGAAUCAGACCUAUGGUCCAUACGGUAUCAGAGUCACCAUCUCUAUUGUUGUGUUUUUCGAUGUUGGGUUUUCAUGUUAUAUUAUCGACGCUUUAGAUACCUAGUCUUAGCGUGCUAGGUGUUAAUUGGUGUCUCCAGAUUUGUUGAGGAAAUGUGUUUUUGUUUCCUUAUAGUUUUCGACUAUCCUUUCCUCCUGAGCUACCUUUGUGGCUGAAGUAAACUCAAGGUCUAUUUUCACCCAAGCUAGAUACGUCUUCAAAAAUUCCAGUUCCGAGUGUGUGGGGAUUGCUAUAUAUAGUCUUUUCCAAUGCCCCAUAUCAAGAGGAUUAGACCUUCUCAUGUCACACAGAAACCUUAGGUAAUGAAGGACAGGUCAUUGGAACUCAAAGGGUGGCAUAAGCAAGUUGUUUGCAAGAAGUCCAAGAAACGUGGAAGCUGUAAAAAGAAAAUGGCAAUGAUGCACAAUCUUUAUGGUCAAAUUGAUUUGGCUACAUCUGCCAAAUAUCGAGCAGAGGAGGUCCUAUCAAGAUUGAGCACAAAAUAUCCAAGCUUUAUGAAGCCUAUGAUCAGAUCAAAUGUUAGUGGAGGUUUCUGGCUAUCUCUUCCAAGGUUAUUCUGCCAGCUGCAUAUGCCACGGCAUGAUAUAACCGUUACUUUGGUAGAUGAAAGUCAGGAAGAGUACAAAACAAAAUAUCUUGCUGAGAGGAAUGGACUCAGUGGUGGAUGGCGGGGUUUCUCGCUUUCACAUGACUUAGUGGAGGGAGAUGUUUUAGUUUUUCAGUUAUUCAGAUUCUGCAAAUUGAAGGUGUAUAUGGUCAGAGCCAAUUAUUUGGCUGAAGUUGAUGCCGCACUUGUUCUUCUCCAUUUAGAUGCUCACCAUAAACAAAUUGAUCCUGUGCACCAAAGGCAGCAUAAUAUAAGUAUGAAACAAGUUGGGAUCAAGCGUCAAAGACUUUCCUCACAAGAAGGGGAUGAUUAUUCUACAGAAAACAUGUUACACAAACAUAGUCAUUCGAGGAAUAUGUUCAAGAAUCUUGAUUUACCUUCAAAAGGACUGGACUAUGAAACUCUUAAUAUUGUAGAUGCUGUAAAAGCCAGCAAACUCAGUGACCCUCCAAAUGGUACUUUCUCAUCCUGGAACACAAGGCCAACCCAACUUGAGCAGUUAGAGAUCAGACCAUUUUCGAGUGGGUACUCCAUUGAACCAGCUUUAACCCUAUCAGGGGCAGAAAUGGUAUUUAGGCUGUGAACGCGGUUGCUCCUCUUAUCCUUGACUUUAACUAUAGUGUUGAAGUUGUAUACAAUGGAUUGUAAAAUCUUUUUUUACACCAGUGUGAUUUUAGUUAUAGCAUGUCAUUGCUUUAUUAUCCGAAUUACAAUAUUAGGCUUGAUAGGAAGAGUUACGUGUUAAUGUAAAUCAACUUAACCUGAUAGCGUAAAAUUUUGUUGGUGCAUACAACAUAAACUUCCCCAGGAGGAGUUUUCACUUUGAAAGUGUAUAGUCUUAAGCAAA